CGCCAGGCUUGUGUCCUCGUCUCUCCCUCUGCAGUGGCGCGCGCCCAGCUCCUGCCGGGUGCACCUGCGGGGCCCCAAGGGGGGCGCUGCCUCAGCGACUGCAGCCGCCGCCCAGACUGUGCGAGCCGCGCGGGGGACAGCCCGGAGUCGGGGAGCAGCGAUGAGCAGCCACCCGGACCGCGAGUGCCCGCUGGACGGAGAUAUGCAUCCACAAGACAUGAUUCCAAGUAAGAAGAGUGCUGUUCUUGUGGAUGGGGUUGUACUGAAUGGCCCCACGACAGAUGCAAGAGCAGGAGAAAAGUUUGUUGAAGAGGCCUGUAGGCUAAUAAUGGAAGAGGUGGUUUUGAAGGCUACAGAUGUCAGUGAGAAGGUUUGUGAGUGGCAGCCCCCUGAGCAGCUGAAACAACUUCUUGAUUUGGAGAUGAGAGAUACAGGAGAGCCACACCACAGGCUGUUGGAGCUCUGCCAGGAUGUCAUACGCUACAGCGUCAAAACAAACCAUCCAAGAUUUUUCAACCAGUUGUAUGCUGGACUUGAUUACUACUCUUUGGUGGCCCGAUUUAUGACAGAAGCAUUAAACCCAAGUGUUUAUACGUAUGAGGUGUCCCCAGUGUUUCUGUUAGUGGAAGAAGCGGUUCUGAAGAAAAUGAUUGAAUUUAUUGGCUGGAAAGAAGGGGAUGGAAUAUUUAACCCAGGUGGUUCAGUGUCCAAUAUGUAUGCAAUGAAUUUAGCUAGAUACAAAUAUUGUCCUGAAAUUAAGGAAAAGGGGCUGUCUGGGUUGCCAAGAUUAAUCCUUUUCACAUCUGCAGAGUGUCAUUACUCUAUGAAGAAAGCAGCCUCCUUUCUUGGGAUUGGUACAGAGAAUGUUUGCUUUGUGGAAACAGAUGGAAGAGGUAAAAUGAUACCUGCGGAACUGGAGAGGCAAAUCUGGCAAGCCAGCAAAGAGGGAGCAGCUCCAUUUCUCGUCUGUGCCACGUCUGGUACAACUGUUUUGGGAGCCUUUGAUCCUCUGGAUGAAAUAGCAGACAUCUGUGAGAGACACGGUCUCUGGCUUCAUGUGGACGCUUCUUGGGGUGGCUCAGCUUUGAUGUCCAGAAAGUACCGGAAGCUUCUGCAGGGCAUCCACAGAGCUGACUCUGUGGCCUGGAACCCCCACAAGAUGCUGAUGGCCGGAAUUCAGUGCUGCGCUCUCCUCGUAAAAGACAAAUCUGACCUUCUUAAGAAAUGCUACUCUGCCAAGGCAUCUUACCUCUUCCAGCAGGACAAAUUCUAUGACAUCAGCUACGACACAGGAGACAAGUCUAUCCAAUGCAGCAGGAGACCAGAUGCAUUCAAGUUCUGGAUGACUUGGAAGGCCCUGGGCACAUUAGGCCUUGAAGAGAGAGUUAAUCGUGCACUUGCUUUAUCUAGGUACCUCGCAGAAGAAAUCAAGAAAAGAGAAGGAUUCAAGCUAUUGCUGGAACCUGAAUAUGCCAAUAUUUGCUUUUGGUACAUUCCACCGAGCCUUAGAGAGAUGGAGGAAGGACCUGAAUUCUGGGAAAAACUCAAUUUAGUGGCCCCAGCCAUUAAGGAGCGGAUGAUGAAGAAGGGAAGCCUGAUGCUGGGCUACCAGCCCCAUCGGGGGAAGGUCAACUUCUUCCGCCAGGUGGUGAUCAGCCCUCAAGUGAGCCGGGAGGACAUGGACUUCCUCCUGGAUGAGAUAGACCUCCUGGGGAGAGACAUGUAGCUGUGGCUUUUGGUUCCCCAGAGGCAUGAGUCCUGCCCUGAGGAGGCUUCCAGAUCCAGGGCAUCUGGGGACACAGAAGAGACUAUAGCCCUUCUGGGGAGAAAUAGGAAAGACGCCUUGGCCUGGUGUGGGGAAAAGGAAAUGCUAAGCAAAUAGUGGGAAGGAUCCAUUAGCUGCGUGGGCACUACUGUUUGCUAUUAAAGGAGGAAGUGAAAAGUGGAUUUUCGUAAGAACUGUCUUUAGGACACAGACUUGAAGAGAGUUUAGUAAGUACCACAUAGGGCCUGGAUUCUAAGCUUCUGUUGCUCUCUAAAGAACAUAUGAAUUAAUAGCUGAAAGCAGUGAUUCUCAAAAUGUCAGUCCCUAGACAAGCAGCAUCAACAUUGCCUGGGAAUUCAUUAAAAAAUUAAUUCUCAGCCCAGCCCCAGACCUACUGAAUCAGACACACUGCGUGUGCCAUUCAGCAUAUUUUAAAUCGCUUUCCAGGUAAUUCAGAGGCAAGGUAAAAUCUGAGAACUGGUGGUUUAGUGAAAUCUUACAAAGACUGAGUAAUAGCUCUGAUAUUUACCAGCAAAGAGAUAUCCACUAUUUCAGCAGUUCCCGAGCCAGUGUCUGAAAAUAUGGCUGUGACACUUGCAGCAUGAAUGUUUAGGGGCAUCAGAAGUCUAUCAAAACUAUUUUUAAAAGGAGGAAAUAUUUAAGAUGUUUACUUUAUAAAGAUAUAUCUUUUAUGCAGCUGAGUAUUUAUUCUCAAAAACGAUAAAAUUAACUAUCUGUUCUAAAUUACCUAAAAUAGAGGUGAGGAUAAAAGCAAACACUUUGUAGCAUGGCCCUUUCAAUCAAAGCAAUAGUCCUAAUUCAUUUCCCAAAGCACUUUUGUCAUAGCUUGGCAUAGACAGUAGAUGUAGAUGUCUCUGUGUACUUGCUUCAGUGUGAGGGGCCCAUUUCUUAUCUUGUUCUCUGCUUACAGGAAAUAAUCAGAAUGAAGUCCAGGGUUAUACAACAUUCCCUUUCUCGAGCUUUGAAACGUCAGUGUAGACAAUUAAGUCGUUCAUAUUAGGCAGAGAAUCUGAGAAUUAGAGGUCUUUCAGUGUGAACACCUCCUCCAUUUCUCCUGGGAGUGGAUGAUUGUAAUUCUAUCUCUGAUCCUGGUCCUGGAUUUCUGGAGAACUCUAGGGAACUCUGAACUCCCGAAAUUCUGGAGAACUCUGUUUGACUAAGAAAUAAACAGAAUUCAGAGGUGUGGAUGCAGGGUUCAACAAGGUAAGAUUGUGAAUCUAAUUAGAACUCUGAUUUGGAAGGCAAAUGAUGGAAGAGUGUUUAAGUGUUAGACUAGCAUAUUCAACAAUUUUUCAUACGAUAUCAUUAACUUCUGUUGAUUAAAUUUUGAAGAGUAAAAAGCCCAUGUGUACUGUUUGCUUUUAUUCCAUAUUUUCACUUUAGGGUAUGUGGUUUCUCCGUAUCUAUAUCGGUCAAAGAAUAUUUUUAUCUUUUUCUUAAUUACUUUCUUCUCUGGUGAUAAAUGUUUGUGCAGGCAUUUGUUUUACAUACCUUGUUGCUUUUUGGUUUUAAUGUCUACACAAAAUGUGCCUGAAAUUGAUGUUUGUAACAAUUCUGGUUUCAUGAAAUAAAAGCAACAUUA